CUGCAAGCAGUGCAGUUGAUCGAUAUAUAAGCGCUGUUGCGUCGAGCGCAUCUUAUUAGAAAUUCCAGAAACUGCUCCACAUUUAGAAUGUUGUAAAGAAUAAAAUUUUAAUAUUUUUAAUUCGAAAAAAGUGCAGGGAUCUGCAAUCUUUUCAUUACUGUAAAGCUAAGCAUCAGUAAAUCUGGGAAAACUCUCUCUGCUUUUACGCCGUUUCAACAUGGCUGUCGAUUCACAAGUUUUUAAGGACCCUGUUGUUACUUUUGGUGUCCUAACUGAUGUUCAGUAUGCUGAUCAUGAUGACCAGAUUGCAGCUUAUGACCCAUCAAAAACCCGUUUUUACAGAGGAUCUCUUGGCCAGGUUGAUGUUGCUUUUAAGUUUUGGGAAAGACCAGGAUCGAAAGUUAAGUUUGUCUUGCAGUUGGGAGACAUCAUUGAUGGUUUGAAUCGUUUUAAUGGUGGCUCCCAUUCUAGCUUAAGACUAACUUUAUCUCAUUUUGAAAAGCAUACUUCCAUUCCCACAUUUCACACUGUUGGUAAUCACGAACUUUAUAAUUUUGAUAGAAAAGAAUUGGCUUCUUUGUUCUACGAGUCCGUCAUGAAAAUUAAUAUUCCACAAGAAAUAUUUUCACCUUUUAAACUUGUAAAAGAUAACAGUUCCAACUCUACUCCAGUUUUAUAUUAUAAAUUUUCGCCUGUCCCCGAGUUAAAAUGCAUUUCAUUAGAUUGUUUUGAUAUCAGUGUACUAGGUUACAACUCUCAGCAUCCAAAUUAUAUAGCAGCGACUAAAGUAUUGUAUUCAAAACAUGGCCAUGAGAUCUUUGAUGAUUGGGAUUGUGAUGGCCCCUUGACUGGACUUGAUGUUCGAUUUCAGCAGAUGAAUGGAGCUGUGGGUCAGGAACAGUUGGCAUGGCUUGAUCAAGAACUGAAAGAAUCGGAUGAACUUGGACAAAAAGUUAUUGUAUUUGGUCACGUUAGUUUGCAUCCUGACAGUUCAGAUUGGAGUUGCCUUUUGUGGAAUUAUGAGGAAGUGAUGCAAAUCUUUCAUCUCCACAAGUGUGUUAUAGCCUAUUUUAGUGGCCAUACACACAAAAGUGGAUAUGCUUUGGAUUCCCAUGGCAUCAGUUACAUAGCUUUUUCCGGGAUUUUGGAAACUCCUCCAGAUACUUCUGCAUUUGCAACAGUCUCCUACUAUCAAGAUAGGUUAGAAGUUCAUGGGCAUGGAAUGGAACGUAGUUAUAAUAUCCCACUUCAAGGCCUGAAAGAUGUGGUUAAUGAUGACGGUGAUGCUGCUGUUGAUAAUGAAGCAGAUCCUCCUCCUCCUACAACUGUGAAAGUUGAAGUAUGAAGAAAUUUUAAAGGUAAAUAAUUUUUCAUAUGUUCCAAGUAAGUGAAACAGUUUUCUUAUACAGAGUUUUAUAAAUUCAUCAAGUUAUUUAAGAAAGUUUUCUAUGAAAUCAAAGGCAAACCUGAAUUUAAAUUGGCAAAACAAAAAUACUCUGGUCAAUUGUUUUAAUGCGCUUAAAAUAAAUAUUAGAUCAAAUGAUCAUAUUGAAGGAAAUUUAAAUACACAUAAUGCUGAGGUAGAAGUUCUAUUUUUAUCUAUUUAUUUGCAGUUUAUAAAUACGUAGAAUUACGCAAUGAGCAUUAAAACUGGAGCCAAAGACUACAGUUGGUUAUUUGUUGCUAUAUAAUUUUUGUCCCCUUCAUAUACAGGAUGUGCAAGAUGACUACCUUGAUUUAAAAUGCUUAUAAUUUUAUUACAUAUCAAAUAUUUUUAUUGGAAGAUGCGCACAAAAUUUGACGAGUGUUAUUCAAGACACUCAAUAUUUGUUUUGCAAAAACUGUGUUAUUGGAUGUUUUAUCUGCAUCCUACUACUUUUUUUAUUCAUCUCAUUUUAAUACAAACCAGGAUAUGAAAAUUUUUCUUGAGACCUUAUAAUUAGUUCUGUAGCAAGUUUGAACUCUGAUAUAUUGAAGGAUUUGCUUCUGUGAAUCGUAUGGCAUAUUAUUUUUAUUAAAAAAAAAAUUCAAACUAAGAACCUGCAUAUUAAUUCCUCGUGAUAGGAAAAUUUGACAUUACAGAAACUUUGGAAGAGAAAUUAUUGAUGAAAUACUUAUUUGUUGAAGAAAAUCAAAAUUUAUGCAUUUAACUGAAUCUGGAUUUAGGCUUGUUUUGUAUUUAUAAGCCAAAGUGUUUUUCUUAUUACCCAAAUUAAAAAAAAAAGAAAGUAAAAGUUGGACGGAAGAAUUAAAAAUUGCUGCUAUUACCUUUCCAAUCAUUUCAUUUGUAUAAUAGUUUUUAAAGGAUUGAAAAAUGAAACAGAAAAUAAAAUGAUUUACAAAGGAAAAAAAAAAGUUUUUUGUAUUUUGACAUAACAAUAAAAAAAUUUUUCCCCAAAAUAUAUGGAUACAGAUUAUAUGUAGGAUGACGUAAAAUGAAUAUAUAUUUCUUUGUCUUCCAUCUUAUUGUUAAAACAUUGUCUUUAUAAACAUAUGCUUAUCAAAAAGCUAAGGAAGAUUGUUGUCUUUGUGAAAAGUUUAAGAGAUCUUGUUAAAAUAUUUUUCAUUUUUAAAACCUUUCUCUGUCAAUAAAUAAAUAAAAUAAAAUGCAGUUAUAUUAGAGGCUGUGUGAUUUCUUUGAGAUAUAAAAUCUUUACAUUUCAAGUUUCCCGAAAAAGGAAAGGAAAAUAUAUAUGUAUAAUAUUAUAGUUGUUAUGGAUGAAAGAAUAUAAACCAUGAUUCCAGUUUUAUAAAUGAAUAUGCAAUAGAUAUUGUCAUGGAAUUUCAAACAUUAUUACUAAGAAUAUAGGUUGAAUUCUGUUACAAAAUUUGAUUUCUUUGAUGAGCUAUUUAUGUGUAAUUGUUUUUAUACUCUGUUGCUGCAGUUGCAUACCUAGCAGUUUAAUAGCUAAAAGAGAAUUUAUAAACAAGACUUCAUAAUUUUUAUGUAGCACUUUAUAUAGCUGAUUAUAAUCUUUCAAACACUGGUUAUUCUGAUAAAUAUGAUAAUGAAGCAAAGGAAAAAAAAAGUAAGUAGGCCAAAGGGAUGUCCUGUGAUUCCUGUUCUAGUUCUAGAUUAGUUUCUAAUGGAAUGUGAAUCUUGGUAAUGACUGAAAAUGCAUACUGUCAGUAAAAAGAAAAUCAUCUUUGGAAGAUAUUUUUUAAAAGAAGCUGAACUUAUUGAAACAAUGAUACUGUAUAAAAUACAUUCUGUUCUCUAUGAUAUGCCAAUGAAAAGGAAUCCUCGCUAAAAGUUAAAAAUUAAUCUUGGUGGGAGAUUUUGGAUAAAAGUACUAAUCAUUUCACACAUUGUUCAAGAAAAACUAAAAUCCUUUCAAGCAAUAAAAGUUUUCUCCAGCCAGUUUCAAACUUUUUUUAAAUACCAAAUUUUUAAAGAACUGUCUAAAGAAGAAUCUUGAAGGAAGAUUUGUUUUCUAGACACAUAAAUGUUAUUUUAAGUAUGAUUCAAGAAGAUAUUUGGAUAUUUAGAAGAAGAAGCUGUUAAUAAUGCAAGUAAAAGUUUUUUUUACUAUAUUUUUUUUCCCUGGCUAGCUAUUAUAUAUUGUUUAAGGUAAUAAUGCAACUGAAACUUAUUCAAGUAAGUAAAAUACAUUACAUGUUAAUAGUUUUUAAGGUAUCUGUAGUACUUCUAAAUUUAUUACAAAUAUGAAUGCCAAAUUAAUUGAUUAUUUAGGUAUCAUUAGAAUAAAUGACAGUUGUAUAAUGCUUUUCAAUAGUAUAUAUAUGCCUAUCUUAACAUGUGGUAACAAAGCUCCUAAAAUGAGAAGCUCUGCAAAUGCUGAAUUUGAAAUCCUAUUUGUUGUGGAGCAUUUCUGUUUUUCAUCUGCUGGCAGAUGUUCAAGUUUUGUUCACAUCAAUUGAAGAUUGAUUUGCUUUUUAUGUCUUAUUGCUGAUUUAAUUUUAAGAUAUCUAAAAAGGAAAAGGAUAUCUGUACUCUUGUUAAAAAAAGGGAAAAAUAACUUAUAAUUUUUUGACACUUAUUAUCUAAAAUAAACAAUGCUUUUAGUUUUUUUAAUGUAAAUUUCUAUAAUGAAAAAAAAAAUUGAUAAUUAACUGCAUUGCAUUGUUUUUAACUUGAUUCUCAUCUACCAAUUAUUUACUUUCCAUAAAGCAAAAAUCAAUGAAGCUACUGGUUAAUUAAAUUUUUUUUAUAUCUUUGCUAGUAAAGGAAAAGAAAUGUUAGAAAGUAAUUUUGAUUCUAAGUGAUUAUUUUUAAGAGAAAUCUUGUUUGUGUAAUGUGGCUAUACAGUUCCUUUUAAUUAAAAGGCGAAAUAUAAUACAGUUUUAACUGCAAAAGAAGGUAACAAACUUAGCUUAUGUAGAGUAUAGUUUCUAGUUUGAUUGAACUGAUGUUAAAAUUAUAGAACUUGUAUUGGAUGAUAUCUGCUCAUUGUUAAAAUGGUUAAUUUGAACUUUUAAAUAUGGACUAUAGCAUUGGUUUUCAAAAAUUAGUAAACUUUAAUGGUAUAUAUUUAAGACAAUAACUUAAAGUACAACUGAGAUAACCUCGCUCGGAUUCUGCUUUUCUUUUAUUAAGUGCAACUGAAAAAAAUUCGGAAAAGGUGGAUUGAAAAUAGCAUCAUAAUUAUUUGUUGUGACAAUUCCACAUGCCAGUGUUGAUUUCUAGUCUCUUUCUUAAAGAACAUUAGUAUUCUGGAGUUAUUUAAUCAUAUUGAUUAAUAUUUAGAAGUCAUUCUGUUCUUUUAACCCUCUGAUUUGUAAUUCUUAGACCUGGAUCUGUAAAACUAUAAGAUCCUAAAACAAGGAACUUUUUUCCCCCCUUAACUUUAUCCAUCAAUAAAUCUAUAAUUAUUUUGUUCAGUAAAAAUUUAGAGACAAAUUUUUUAGAAUAUUAGGAAUGAUGGAUAAAUGAUAUUUUUUUGCGAAAUAACUUUUUCACUUAAUUUUAAUAGCUAUCAAAAUGAAGAAUAUUGAGAUAUUACUUUGCCAAUGUGUGCCACUACAAAUCUAGUUUUCAAUUGGGGGGAUGCAGAUAUUGAAGUCAGAGGGUUGAUUGAUAAGGAAAUGUUUCUAAAGUUUUUCUGUUCUUUAGAAAUGUUUUCUUCCUGUUGAUAUAAACUUGUAUUUUAUUGAAAUAUUCUGUUUCAGAUAUUUGCGCUUGGCUUCCUUUUUCUCGGCUGGAGGCCUGGGAGAUCUCAAUCUGUCUUCGGUUUAAAUCUUAAUAUUCUUUUCUUGGUGGGACUGCUUUUGUAAACUGAAAUAAACUAGGUUUGAACUGCGUUUUUAACUAUGUUAAACGUUUAUAAUUUAAAAAUUUAAUUGAUAAACAGAUAACAGGUUCAAUAUUAUAAUUACUGUCCUUCGACUUUUGCUUUUUAAGAGAUGAUUUUUUAACUAUUUACAAACCAAAAAUAAUGAAAACUGAAUAAAUAUUAAAGCUCAUUAAUUCGCAUUGUAUCUGAAAAAGCAGAUGGUAAAUAUGUAAGUUGAUUACUACAAAUUAUUAACAACUUGAAAAUACAAAUUGUCAUAAAUAUAGAACUUUAAUAAGUAUUGUAGAUAAUUUUAACUAUGUUCUGUAUUUACUCUCAUUACUUUUAUUUAUUUGUCAUUUCUUUGAGUUAUUUUCAAGAUGUUAAUAACUGUGGUAUUUACCUUUUCUAAAUUAAUAAAUAAUGGAAUAAAUAAUUCUUCAGUUUAAACAGGACUUUAAAAAAAUGCAUCUUUUUCUUUUUUUUUCUUGUUCCUCCUUUAACCUUUUAAGACAGAUUUGGAACAAUUGCAUAAUGUUUUGGUAUAUAUAUUUCCCUUUAGAAUGAAAAAAAUUAAGGUAGUUUUAAUUUGUACAAUUUAUAAUUCAUCAUUUAAUUAAAAUAAAAGUAGCAAUUCUAGCUGUAUUUUACUGCUGCAAACUGCUUGAAAUAUUUAAAAGCAGUUGGUCUUCCUGUGAUAUAUUUUAAUUUAGGUUAAUAGUUCUAUAGACAGGGUUCGUACUAAAAUUUGAGUUUUAUGAAAAUAAAGUUUUUUAAAAAUUUAUUAAUUCUUUGCUAAAAGAUAAUUUAAAAUUUCAUUUUAAAUUGAAAUAUUUAAAACCUCCUAAAAACAUUUUGAUAGUCACACAACAUGUUUCUUUUUUAAUAUAGUAAGAUUAGUUUUUAAAUAAAAUAAUAAUAAAUGCAAAGGAUUUUCCUUCCUGGUAAAAUAAAUUUGUAUUCUGAAAGCUUAAAGAAUUCCAGUGGCUCAGAUUAUUAAAUUCUCUGAGCUUUUUUACAGCCAGUCACUUCUAAGCCGUAUAAAGAGACAUUCUCUGAUCUGAAGAAAUUUUUUUUUUCCAGAAAUAAUUUCUAAGUUGAUAUUAUCACAACUAGCUUUAAAUUAAUAUUUUCAGCUCUCAAUUUCGAAAGGUAACAGGAAUAAUAAAUUGUACAUGAUAACAUUAUUAACUUACAAAUUAAUCUUAUAAAUAUUCAAAUAAGGUAGAAUGUGAAGUUUUUGUUAGAUUAAUAAUCUUUAAUGUCCAAAAUGAAGCUUGACUCCAAAUCAAACUAUAGAAUUUCCUUUUUUGCAAGCACUUUAUUAUAAUUUUUUCCAUUUUAUAUUAAAUAAAUAGUAUGAUUGGAUAUAAUACAAAUUUAGAACUUUUUUUGAUAAAAAAAAAAGACUAAAAAUUGACGCCAUAUCAGGAUGUAUGAACCCUGUAAAACAGUAAAUCCUAUGGAAAGAUAUGAAAUUUUUCCGAUUUUCUUUUUUUGACAUUCCGUAAAUAUAUAUGGGAGCCUAUAUUUUUUCAAAGUUGUGAAUAAAUGUUAACUCAUUUAGUUCUUGUAUAUUUUUGAUAUUUUAAUGGGAAAGCUGUUAGUAAUUUAAAUUGUUAACUCUAUGAAUCACUUUGUUUUCUUUUUCAUUAUCUGCAUUUAUUCUUUAGCAUAUAAGACAUUUAUUACUUUGUGUUAAAGAUAGAACCAAUUUUAAUAAAUGUUUGUUCUUUAAUCAUGAUUGUAUAAAUAUUCAAUUCAUAGUUAAAUGUUAUAUGUGUUGUUCUGUGAAAAAUAAACUAUUGUGA